AUGGAGAAACCUAAGCUCCACGUUGUCAAGAUGGCACACCCAGACCGCCAGCGCUCCUUGACGGAGCAACUGGGGCUAGUAAAACCACCUGGAUUUGCUCCACGACUCGCCCAACCAGCGUCCGUGGCCGCUAUGGCUGGCGCGGCGCAACGAAGGAAAAUCUCGACAAGGCCCCAACCUUUACCACUUUGGCAGAACCUUUCCAGCGAUCUCUGCUUCGACGUGUAUUUCCAUCUUCCUGGUCGGUCAGCACUCGGGAAGUUGUCUGUCCAUCGCUCGCAGUCUCUAAUGUGUAUGCAGGCAGCGCUACAGCGUCACUUCGGAGUUCCAUUCGAGCAGCAGCGACUCUUUUUCCACGACGAACAACUCGAAGGUGACGACGAAGUCAUCGACUACGGAUUACAAGAUAAAAGCGUUGUAACCGUGCGGAUAUCGCCGCGUUUCCGUCGUAUCGGCGACGUCUUCUCUACAAUCCGUACCAUCCGAUUUCCAAGCCCAUCGUCAAAACUAGAAGACUACCAGAUCGUCGAAAUCCCCGCUAAACUACCACCUUUGCGUGUCGUAUUGCAACGAAUCAUCCACGCCAUCACAUACCUCACAAUACUCGACCGGAAGCAGGAGCAACGAACUCAUCGCCGCGUUUGGCGUCAACAUGCCUCCUUCUGGGACAGCCAAACGCCCACAGCACCGUCAAAUUCAGAUGAUACAAGACCCUCUUCAUACGUGCUUCAAGCCAGCAGCUCUGAUCACGUAUCGACUCUCCUAGCGCUUGCAAAAACUCACGGCGUUCAGUCUCGCCUGCAUCGUCCUCCAGCUCAUCGUUCGUCUGCAGAUCUCCGCAAUCUCAAGAAAUGGUUCGCAAGUCUCAAAUAUUUCGCGGACGCUCAACUUCCCGACUCGAUUUUCCAAGAACUCGCACGUACGAGCACCUACAUGCGUGUAAAAUGUGGAGACUUCGUGUUCCGUCAGGGAGAAACAGGCGACUGUUUCUACGUCCUCAUAACUGGUUGUGUGUCUUUAGCAGCGUACAACACGGGGUUCUUUCGUACACUCACACCAGGUUCUUGUUUCGGAGAGAUCAGUCUCAUUGAGCCGCAAGGUCUCCGUACAGCUAGCGCCUGUGCCACGUUCUGCACUGCAUGGACGGAGCUCGCCGUUGUCUCUGGAGAUCUAUAUCGACGUGCCAUUAAACCAUACAAACAAGUAGUCUUACGAGCCACUGAGAAGGCCAUCGCAUCGAUCCCAAGACUACACGCUCUACCGCCGCACAUCAUCACUCAUCUCGCAUACGCUGCCAAGUCCCUCACAGCACGACAAGGUCGACAAAUUAUCAGUCGUGGAGAGGAGAUCACUGUGCUCGUUCUACUAAUUCAAGGCAGCGUCAAAGUCUCCAAGCCAAACGACAAGCCUAUCGUCGCUGUUGUUCAAGCUCCAGCCAUUUUCGGCCAAGAAGGAGCGCUCGCAACGACAGCAUCACUAGCUCCUUGGGAUAUCAUCGCACUGGAUACUUGUUCGUUGCUCUGUGUUCGUAAAGACACCAUCGCGUCCUUCCUCUCUCCACUGCAAGACGUCGUGCGAGCGCUUAUGAAUGAACACUUUCAGAGACUUCGAGAGUUCACUCAACGCUUUCAUAUCGACAGAGCACUUGCACACCAAUCCAGCGCAAUUGAUCACCAUGGCCCCGUCAGUCCUUCGAAACACUCGAGGAACAAGAGUAUCGUCUUCCCACAUCUCCUCACAAUCGUGAGCACAGAAGACCACCAUCGCCCCGUAAACGACCGACCACAAGAGCCUCGUCCUGUGCAGAAGUCGAAGCCCAGUUCUUGA